UCUUACAGCCAGUCGUGAGACCGCCCUCUUUAGUCACAUUCCAUCACUUUUAUUUUCUUCUCUAUCAUUGGUCACUUUAGAAGCUGCUAUCUUCCCGCGCGGGCACUUCUGGGGAGGGGCGGGACUGAUAGGGCAUUGCUAAGCAACAGAGAGGCGCGCGGAGUCAAUUAGGUGAAGGAGAGCAGCAGGCGGAAUCGCUGAGGUAGCUGCACGAUGAACUGCAGCCUGCCAGUUUUCUCUACCCAAGACAGCCUCUUCGGGGAUGCUCCCCUAAGUCAAAGCUGCUAUUGGCCAUCCUGAAGCCAGACCGGGCAUCUGGAGGUGAGGACAUCUCACAGAGUACUGUUUGCCAGCCCAGUAGGAAGGAAGUGAUGACUAGAGGGAGGACCUGUAACAAGAGAUGCAGACCCUGAGCCCAUCCGGGUCCCAAAGAUCCAGGAUCUCAGAAGUUCCCAAGGCACUGGCCACAGGUCACAACUUCCCUGAGCUGUUUGAGAAGUCCUGGUCAUCCAGCUCAGGGACCCCUUCCUCACUCAGCACCACUGAGGAACAGAUUGGUGUCUCUCAGCCACCCACCCUAAUUGACAGUGGUGAUUCUGUGGUGGCCAGGUUCAUAAACCGGUUCCGCCAGGCUCAGCCCACAAGCAGAGAAGAACGCCAGACUGCAGGUCCAACCCCAGCUGACUUUUGGUGGCUGCAGCCUGAAUCUCCAGAUCCUAGCAGUACACUUGCAACAGGAACCAAUAAACUGGAAGGAAGACUCAACACAGUAGUCCCGACUCUUGCCAAGGUGGCCGGUGCAUCACAGGCUAAGGCUUUGGCCCCCCUUCAGGAAAUAAAGCAGAGCCUCAGUACAUGGAACUCAUCCCUCCUGGACCUAGAGAUGCUGAGCUUGCAAAGCAGAGCUGCCAAGCUGCUGAAACACAGCAAAGCCUCUGUCUCCUCCCGAAGCCUCAGCAAUGCCAACAAUUCCUCAUUCCCCAUUAGGUCUGAUGGCCUUUCUCCCUCUUCCAAGACCUUCACCCCUGACUCCAGCAAGAGCUCUGACUCCAAGGCACAUGCAACUCCUGCACCAGCCCCCAUCCCUACUCCAGCCCUGGGCUCCUCCCAGGCACCCCUGCAACCAGAGGAUGACAUUCUGUACCAGUGGCGGCGACAGCGGAAGCUUGAACAGGCUCAAGGAGGUCAGGGUGAUGGAACCUGGGUGCUGCCAGGGACUUCUGCCCUCACCACAACGGUCCCUGUCCCCACCUGUCUGCAGAAUUCGCCUGCCCCUGCAGAGACCCUUGGUUCUCUGGGAACACAGUCCAACUGCCUCCCACUUUGGGGCAGUGUGGCUGGGCCUCAUCCCCCGGGUGAAGCCUUCUAUGUGGCGAGGCCGCCUAUUGCCCCAGGGUUCUCGCCACACAUCUUUUGGGGCCCCAGCCCUGAUGGGUUUUUCUGGGCACCACAGACUGGUCCAUGGGUAUCUUCCAGGGCCUUGCCCUGGGCCUCUACUCCUAGGUCCCUUACCACCCUCCCAGGCCUGCCCAACCCUGAGGCAUGCAGCCCCGCCCAGCCCAAGCACCAGGGCCCCAAGCCUCAGAGGGGUAGGACCCCUUGCCAUGAAUCUGCUGGGCAGGUCACAGUGGCUGACCAAGGGCCUGGUCCACAGCUCAGAGGCCCUCUUGGUCAGGUAGUGGCCGCUAGGCUAUUCCCGGAAAGCCUGGAGGACACGCACUCUCCCUUCAAAGGCCUGCCUCCAUCCCUAGCUAAAUCUCCAAAAAUCAAAACCACACACUCUCAAACCAAGGUUAAACCCCCUCUGUCUGAUUCAUGGUUUUCACAGGCGGAGAUACCGCCCAAUCCAUCUAAGGCUGAGUUUCUGAAAGCCAAGGUCAUGCCCUCUGCAGUGGGAUCGGUGCUUUGCAAGGAAGUCAGGCAGUCUCAGCCCAAGUUCCUGCCCCCUUCAGUUGAGAAGGCUUCCGCAGGCUUCAAGGCGGAGUCUCUAGAAGCUGGGGUCACAUUAUUGUCUGCCACUGACCACGCCCCACCAGAGGACAUACUCUCCCAGGCUGCUGGGCUUCUGCAGGCUGCUGAAGACUCUGACAGUAGUGAGUUCCAGGAGGACCCUGUACUGCAGGUGCUAAGGGUUCAGAGGGCGGAGCUGCAGCAACAAAAAAGGGAAGUGGACACUCAAUUAUUCCUCUUGCUGGACCACAAUGAAGACCCAGGGUCUUGGUCUCCUCCAGCUAGGUCACCACACCCCACCCUCAGGUCACCAAGGAUACUGCUGAGGAGGGAAGGGGCCUCACUUGAGACCAGAAGAUUUUGAAUUGUACAAAUUCUGUUUUUCCCAAUGAAAUAAUUUUUUCCAGUUUAUUGGUUGUGUCUACAAAAAGAGUUCUAGAAAGGCUGAAUCAUGCUAUUUUAGGGAAAUGGCUCCCCCUGCCUCCUACCUCCGUCCUGCCCCACCCCCACCCUGGUUUCUGACCUGCCACACAGAAAAUUAUCUGGUUUCAUCCCCUUUGAGGGUGAGCAGGGGAGGGAUUCCAGACAAGGACUACAAGGGACUACAGGCAAGUCUGGGACUCACCUUAACUCAGGAGUGGAUCCUCCUGUCUCAUAUGAGAUAGAAGGAACUGCCCUCUGGGACUGAGAGUAAUGGGGUUAUCAGAGUACUGGACAAUGGUUAGUCCUCAGUUCACAUCCUGCUUGAGCCUACAGCAGCAUUUGGUUCAUCGGGCCCUCCCUACUUGAAGCAUUCCCUUCCCCUGCUUCUAGCAUCACCAGUCUGUCACUUUAGUGUGUCCAGGGCUCUGGCCUUGAUUUCUCUAUCUACACUCAUUCCCAGGUGCUGUUGUAGCUUAACGGAUAAUCCUAUCUGUCCUGAUAGUCCCUAAAUUUCUAUCUUCAGCCUGGACCUUGCCACUAAACCUCAGGCUUCUAUAUUCUGCUACCUGCUCACCAUCCUCAAUCAGAAGUCUACAAGAUGUUUCAGACUGCACAGGUUUUAAAUUGAGCUCCCAAUCUUCCCCUUAAACCUGCUCCUCCCAAGCUUCCCUCAGUGUCCUGCUUCCUCCUUGGUCCAAAAGCCUCAUGAUCAUCCUCGACUCCUCUCUUUUCCUCACACCCACACUCAUUUGACUAGGAAGUCCUGUCAUCCCUACCUUUAAAAUCUACCCAGAAUUUAACCCUUUCUUCCCCUUUCACAGCCCUCACCCUAGUCUAGGCGAUUAUCAUCUGUCUGGACUAUUAAAAACUAUUGUUUUAUCAACAAGUUCUUUGAAAUAUUUCCCAUCAGAAAGUAGAAUCUAGGUUUCUUUUCCUUGAAACUUUUCUUUUCCUUGAUGGAACUUUAACUUUCAUAAACAGAAUGCAGAGGAAAUGAUACUACUUUAAAGUUCUAAACUGUAUUAGAAAAUAUAUGAUUUCUACCUAGUUUCCAUUUUGGCAUUAUUUAAAAUAUGGAGUAUAUUUCUGUAAAAAGUAGCUUCUGUUUGUCACAGACAUGGUAAAUAUUUGUUUUCAGCCUUUUUGAACAAACUAUACAUUUAAACCAAUGAGCCCUGGCUUGGUAUAGCUUAGUGGAUUGAGCAUGGGCCUGCAAACCAAAGAUAGACAGUUUGGUUCCCAGUGAGGACACAUGCCUGGGUUGCAGGCCAGGUCCCCAGUGAGGUGCAUGAGAGGCAACCACACACUGAUGUUCUCUCCCUCUCUUUCUCUUUCCUUUCCCCUCUGUCUAAAAAUAAAUAAAAUCUUUUAGAAAAUCAAGCCAACAAGAAGGAAAUAGAUGUUUAGAUAUAAGAAGAACUAAAAGAUGUUUAUAGUAGAAGAACCUGAUCUAGCUGAAGGGUGAGUAGGGCCUAGAAAGAUUCCUGAGAAAAGUACAUUUGAACUGAGACAGGUAGGAAUUAACUAGUUGGUGAAGGGACACUUCAAAUACUGUUGCUGGGAUACAAACCACCCCCAAAAAUUAGUGGUAUAAAACAAUCUGGCACCAGGGCUCAAAUGAUCAGCUGGAAGUAUUGAUUCUAGUACACAGUCUCCUUGUAGCUUGGGCUUCCUCAAAACAUGACUACCUCAGCAAAGUCACAUUUCUCACUUGAUGCCUCAACAAAUCUAGAGCUAGUUGUUCAGGGGACAAGGAAAAAGCCACAUUGCCUCUUACUCCUUAGCCUUGCAAGUCACAUAGUGUCCAUUCCACUAUUUUUUUUUAAGAUUUUAUUUUUAUAGAGGGGAAGAGAGGGAGAAAGAGGAGAGAAACAUCAGUGUGUGGUUAACUCUCACAUGCCCCCUCCUAGGGACCUGGCCUGCCACCCAGGCAUGUGUCCUAGACUAGGAAUUGAACCGGCAACCCUUUGGUUCACAAGCUGGCCCUCAAUCCUCUGAGUCACACCAGCUAGGGCCCACUGUUCUUUAUUGGUUGAAUUCUGCCCAGAUUCAAAGGGGAGAGGAUGUAUACUCUACUUUUUUAUGACAGAAGUGUCAAAGAAUUUGCAGCCCAAAGAGGAUGAAGUGGGGGGAGAGGAAUACUCUGGGUAGACGGAACAUCAUGUAGGAAGUAUCUGUGAUGGGAGUGAAGUUUGCAAGUUCAGUAAAUCGAAAUAAGUAGCUGUAAAUUGACCCCUUCCCCAGCAUUUCAUUUCCCCAAUCCCUGUUUAGUUUGUAUCCAUAGAAUUUAUCACCUAAUCUAUAUUUUUAAAUGUUUAUUUUGUUCAUUGUUUGCUCCCACUAGCUUUUGAGUUUUAUGUGGGCAGUGUGUUUUCCUGUUUUGGUUACUGAUGUCUUCACAAAUUAUGUGAUUGAAAUUUUUGAAUGAAUGAGUAGAUUGAUUAAGGAUGUACCUUCUGCCUUGGUGGGGCAACUCAGUUGGAGUGUUGUUCUGAUACACCAAGGUUGCAGGUUCAAUACCCAUCAGGGCACAUACAAGAGUCAACCAAUGAAUGCAUAAAAUAAGUGGAACAACAAAUUGAUGCUUCUCUCUCUAACCCCCUUCCUCUCUCUAAAAUUAAUU